AUAAGGCUAUCUCCCAAACGUCUAUAUAUAGAGAGAGACCUUCUCCUACCCUUCAAAUAUUGAUCCCACUACACCUGCAUCUGCAUCACUAAUCUGAUUCUGAUCUUUCUCUUUCUAGCUUAUACCAAUGGCACAAAAAAUUUGGGAUGUUCUCUCUGAAUCUAAACGCAUAAUACAUGCUCAACCUCGUCACUACCUUACUCUCUCCCUCAUCUUCCUCCUACCUGUCUCUUUCCUCUCCCUCCUCUACCAAAUCAUUUUAAAACAACUUCAACAACAACAACAACCUCCCGCUAACUCCACCACAAUUAUCUACGUGUCUCUCCUUUUCAUAACUAUCUCUUCCAUUUUUACCUACGGCGCCAUCAUCACCAUCACCUAUAGCGUCUUCCACGCCUUCUUUAAUCGACCUAUCAAACUCAAAGAAGCCAUCAAAUCCAUAUCUACUUCUUUCUUCCCCCUCCUCGCCACCAACAUCGUCAUCUUCACCGUCAUAUUCUUUGUCUUUUUUCUCUUAUUUCUUCUCUUUGGACUCGUCUUUUUUCUCAUCACUUAUCUAGGCCAUGUCGACGUCCAAACAAACCCUUACUUCGUUGCGAUAUAUUACAUGGUUCUAAUGCUUGUUUUACUCCCUCUUGUAAUAUAUUUGGUAAUUAACUUGAGUUUGGUGAAAACUAUUGUGGUGGUUGAAUCAUGUUGGGGUUUCGAACCGUUGAAGAGAAGUUGGAAAUUGGUGAAAGGAAUGAAAAUGUUGAUUUUGUCGAUCAUUUUGUUAUUUGGAUUCUUGCAAGGGAUAUUGUCAUGGAUAAGUGGUUAUAGUUGGGUACUGAUAUUCAUCAUUUCUCCUAUACUUGCGAUUCUAUCGCUUUACAGUAUCGCGGUUUAUCCGGUGUUGUACAUAUACUGCAAGCAGAAACAUGGGGAGCUUGCAGAGGUAGAAUUUGGGGACAAAAUUAAAGAUGAGGCUAACUUGUCCUUAAUUCCAGUUUAAAAAUAGUUGAUUUGUAUUCUUCUGGUUCCCCACAAUUAAGAUUAGAAAGUGACUAGAACUACUUGAUAUUAAAACUCGUAGUGAAAUAAAUAAAUAAAUUGUCUGUUAUUCAUUUUAAUUUUUGUAAUGUCUCCAAUUUAAAUCUUGCAAUGUCUCCAACUUUGUAAUAAAUAAAUAAAUUAUUAGUUUGUUAAAUUUAUUAAA